AUGAAUACCUCAGAUUCAGGCACGGAUAGCGGCCGCUCACGUGACUCAUUCCCUGAAGUUCCCGACCUUGAAUCCGCAGAUUCUGGUCCUUCGUUGCGCCAUAAGAAAACCGCCAUUGGACCCCCCUUGUCCUCACACCAGCGACUGCAACGGGUGACCUGUGCUCGGAUCUCUAUCUUCGCUCUUUCUACCUCUCCCGCAGUCCCCAAAAUGCCCGCUGCCACCCGUGCCGUUCUGCGGCAAUCGCAGUUCCUGACCCGGAGAACCGUCGUCAGACACUCCUCGUCCACCUCCGAGGCCGCCAACAAGGCCAGCCAGACUGCCUCUUCGGCUGCCUCCAAGGCUUCCGAGGGUCUGUCCAAGGCCUCUGCUGCCGCUGGCCCGGCCAUCUCCAACGCUGCCACUGCCCUCCGGAAGGUUGGCGGCCCUGUCGGCAAGGUCGUCGCUUUCGUCGACUGUAAGCGAUACCCUCAUACUCGGAAGAUCUGA